AUGUCCAAAAGUAGUAGACCUCAAGUUACGAUUGUGGGCGCCGGUAUUAUUGGUCUUUACACUGCGUAUGUCCUGACGGAGCUCCAAAAAAUUCCCGGAUCUGAGAUCUGUGUGGUUGCGAAAUAUCUUCCCGGCGAUCAGUCGGCCUCUGGGUAUACUUCACCGUGGGCCGGAGGCAACUGGUCGUGUAUUUCGCCCAAUGACGAGGCAACUUUAUUCUAUGACAAGUUCACGUAUGAGAACCUCGCUCGCUUGCAGAAGGCUCUCUUGACAUUCUUUACAGGAAGAGACGAUGAAUGGUUGGGGCUGAGUAGGAGACCCAGCCGUGAAUUGUGGGACCAGGUCCCCAAUGAACGGAAAAUCGAUUCGCUAAGAAGUUACCUGGAGGAUUACAGAGUGCUUUCGGAGAAAGAGCUGAACGAGAUCAGGCCUACCGCACCUGCGUUUGGAAUUACCCUAAAGACUUGGAACUUUAACUGUCCCGUAUUCCUUUUCAAUUUCUUUCAGUUUCUGAGAGACAAGCAUCAGGUUAGAUUUGUCAAACAGGAAUUGACACAUUUGGCGCAAGCCAAAUGCUAUGUGAACCCCCUUUGCAGCGGGAGUGACAGACAUAUCAUCUUUAAUUGUACCGGCCUUGGUGCCCGUGAUCUUGGCGGUGUCAGAGACCAUAAAGUCUAUCCAACCAGAGGACAGGUUGUCGUCGUCAGAGCACCUCACAUCAACGAGAAUUGCCUAAGAUGGGGCAGAGAUUACGCAACCUACAUUAUUCCCAGACCUGGAAAGGGAAAAGAAGUUGUUCUGGGAGGAUUUCUCCAAGUUGACAACGGCAACGCUCAGGAUACCUCUCUCUCUGAGACGGAAGACAUUCUCAAACGUACCUUGACUUUGUUGCCCAAAAUUGGCAGGGCAGAUGAGCUUGAAAUUAUCAGAGUCGCAGCAGGACUACGUCCAUCGCGCUACGGUGGUCCUCGCAUCGAGAGGGAGGUCAAGGGUGACGAUGACAACCUGGUCUUUAUUCACAACUACGGUGCUUCAGGCUACGGCUAUCAAGGUGGCCUCGGAAUGGCUUUGAAAGCAGUUCAGCUUGCGUUCCGUCAAGAGAGAAGCUCGAGAUUGUAG